AUGAUCACCAUGCCUUCACCAACGAUCGAACAAGACGUGAACCUCUUGGUGGUGGGUUUCGACGGGUCUGCGCGGGUGAGGCGCAGCGGCGGUGCGUAUAGUGCAGUCGUGUGGAAACUCCCGGAGUGGACGGUGGUGGAAGCCAUGUCGGAGUAUAUGCCAGAUUUGACAGUGAACGAGGCGGAAUACCGUGGACUGAUUCUUGGUUUCGAUUUGCUUUCGACCUUGGACAGGGGGCGCGUCGUAAUCUGUUGUGACUCGAAUUUGGUGAUUCGUCAUAUGCAGAGUGAGAUGGACUGCAAGGCACCAGGCCUGCAACUGCUCCGACAGAAGGCGUUGAAUCGACUACGGUCGUGGCCAAAGCACGAGUUCCCUCACGUGAAGCGUGAAUGGAACCAGAGUGCGGACAAGUUGGCAAGUGCGGCGCUGCAACGGGAAGAAAGCGAAAUAGUCACCUCAGAGGACGACCGUCAAGAUUAG